UUUUGAAAAAAAGAACACUAAGCUAUCGCAUAAAAUAAUGUAGUAUAGCAGGGUAUAAAAUUUACUUGCAACAAAUACUUGCUUAAAGUAAAAUGGUUCUGCCAUUACUUCCAGGGAUUUCAUUUGAUCAUAAACUUGGUAAAGAUUGUUUUCACAAAUCCCACUGUUUUGACUACAAGAAUGAUGUUGCUUUUCAUUUAGCAGAAUCAAAGCUUGGAAUAGGAAGAGAUAUUAUGCCAGGUGUUAAACAAAAAAAAAAGCUGAUAUACUUGAAAAGCUCUGAAUCUUCUUUGCCAGCAUGGGUUGCUUUUGAUAAACAAGUUCUUUGUUUUAAUGGAUAUUUUCAGGAAAUAGUUCAUGAAAAGCAAGAUGAGAAAUACCGUUUCAGAAAGUGCAAAAUUUACUUUUACCUCGAAGAUAAUACAAUACAAGUUAUAGAAUUAAAAACUGAAAAUAGUGGCAUUCCUCAAGGUACUUUAAUAAGACGCCAUCGUAUUCCAUUGCCACCACCUAAUAGUGAUGAGUUUUAUACAGUUGAUCAUUUUAAUAUUGGAAUAGAAAUUAAACUUUAUUCUAGAUUGUUUCAUAUAACAGGCUGUGAUAGUUUCACUGAGAAAUUUUUGCGCAAACUUGGUGUUCGAGUUAAUCCAAAAGAGAUAACCCCAGAAGAUCCUUAUGAAAAGCAUCGGCAACAAAUACGAGAUAGUAUGCAGCCAUUGAGACCAUAUGAAAAAGAAGACACCUUGUUUAAAUUUUUAGAAAAUGACAGUAAAGUUCUUCGUUUCUAUUGUUAUUGGGAUGAUUCAGAGUCACUUUUUGGUGACCAAAGAGAUUUUGUGCUUCACUAUUUUUUAGCAGAUGAUACGGUAGAGAUUAGAGAGAUAAUUCCACCAAACUCUGGAAGAGAUGCAGUUCCUUUGUUCUUAAGACGCCAAAAGUUACCCAAGGUUGCAGCAGGUACAUUUCAGCCUGGUCAAAUAAAUAAUCGUACUGUGCUCAAUGUUUUUGGACCAAUGGGUCGGGGAGGUCGCUAUAUACUAGACAGUUUAAAAACUGGAGCUGUUCAUACAGAUUAUUAUCAUGAUAGUGAUGUGAGAAUUGGUGAAGUUUUGAAUGUUUGGGGAAGAAGUUUUAUUGUUUGUGACUGUGACGAGUUUACAAAAGAUUAUUAUAAGUUUAAGUAUGGCAUUGAUAAUUUUACUCCUUUGAACUAUAAAUUUAAGAAGAUUGAUCAAAAACACAGAGAUGUUGUAAACUAUAAAGAUAGUAAAAUUGGUUUUGAAGAAGAUUCAUCAUUUAACAGUUUAGCUUUGACUCCAAAACCACCAAAAAAAGAUUUUAAAAAGUUUAUGGAAAGAGACAGAUAUGGAUUAGACAGUAAAGUACUUCGCUUUGUGGCAAUGCAAAACACAAAACAAGUAAUAGAAGUGGAUCGACGAUUUAUUAUCUCAUAUUUUUUAUCUGAUGAUACAUUUUUAAUAUUUGAACCUCCUCAAAGAAAUUCAGGAUUGAUUGGAGGAAAGUUCUUAGAAAGAGGAAGAGUUAGGAAGCCAAAUAGUGAAACUUAUUAUUCUGCUCAGGAUUUAUACGUUGGAAAUCACAUUGAGCUCUGCAAACGUACCUUUAUUAUAAUUGGGGCUGAUGAAUAUGCUCUCAAGUACAUGGAAGAGCAUUCAGAAGAAUUUCCUCAAGCUAACAUUAGUCUUAUUGUACCAAAAUUUAAAAAAUUAGUUCAUAAUCAUGCAAGUGAUAUACAAAGGAUGUUUCAAAUGGCUGAUAAAACAAAUAAACAAUUGGUUCCUUUUGAUACAUUCAAAUCAAUCAUAAAACAAAUUUGUGGUGAUCAAAUUACUGACCAUGAAAUUUUAACUCUGUGCAGAGCAUUUUCUGAGAAAAAGCAUGAGGAAGAAAAUUUUGAUGAGCUAGUUGCAUUGUUGCAAGAACAACUACGCAAAGUUAAUUAUGAAAGCUUUUCAUUGAUGCAAGAUGCUUGUUCUUUUCAAGAUACCAACAAUACAGGCUUAAUUUCAUCAUUUGACCUUCACAAUAUAUGCAAAUCAUUCAAACUUCCACUAAAAGAUGAUUUGUUGCAGUGUUUAUUACAGAAAGUUGUUUCUCCUGAUGGAAAAACUGAUUAUUGCAAGUUUAUUGAACUCUUGAAUUGGAAAAACUUACCUGCUCAUAUGCAAAAUAGCCCUGCCAGUCUCGGAUACAGUUUUCCAGCAAAAAAUCGACGACGUCAGCUUGAAACAUUGAUUAAUGUUCCUUAUAAUCUUAUUAUGAAAACUAUGAAUUCUUAAAAACUAUUAAGUAUUGAUGGUGUUUUAAAUUUAUAAAUUCUUAUCUUUUAUAUUUUUAUAAUUUAUUUUUUAAAUAAUUUUUAGUAUUAAAUAUUUUACAAAUUUAAAAUGUAUAAAUCAUGAACGAAAUUAUGAGUAUUAGUAAUUCAACGUUUUUAUGUUAGAAAAGCCUGAUCUGUAUAAAAACUCAUGAAACUUACAGCUUAUGGCUAUAUAUGUGAAUUAUUACAGCUUUGGCUAUAUAUGUGAAUUAUUACAGCGUAUGGCUAUAUAUGUGAAUUAUUACAGCUUAUGGCUAUAUAUGUGAAUUAUUACAGCUUAUGGCUAUAUAUGUGAAUUAUUAAAAAGAUAUUAAAUUAAAUGAAAGAGGUGUCUGUUGUUUCA